CAGGAGGUAUGUCAUUGCGUUAAUACACCUAACGUCUUGAUCGUUUCUAAUCAAUUAAUUCAAAGAAUAUGAGUGUGUGGUUUCAUGGAAGUUAAAUGACCAAAGUGCCGACGGCAACGAGACUCGUCUCAUGACAUCUUAAAGGAUGCCUGUCAAUCAAAUCAUCUAGUACGGAGGCUGUCCGACGGACUUGAAGAUGACACGUCAAGGCCUCUUGAUGAGCUGGAAACCUUGCAAGCGAGAGAUCAAGCUACCAGGUGAGGAUAGCGUGCACAUGCCCACCGUAAAUUCCUAACUAUGAAGUGUUAUCAGCACCAAUGACAACUGAGGAAUUCUGAUGUACAGGCAGUGGACUAAAGUAUUGGGACGUGGAAGUAAAUAGCGAGCUUCCGUUUGUGUUAGGUGUCAUCAUCAGGACUUUGAGUGGACUGUGGUCCAAACGGCCAUCGGAGGUCACAGAUUGGGAAACGUGCAGGCGUGAUGCAAGGGCCCGUGAAGCAGGGAGGGCAGAGAAAACACUCCUCCCUUUCUGAGCCCGCAUUGUCUCCUCCUGAGUGUGCACACAUGCCAUAGGACAAGCGGAAGGAGAAGACCUGGGAGUGUCAUGGAGGAAUUUGAGGUCGCCGGGGGCCGUGCCACCUUCUUCUGGUCAUGAUCCGGCAAACAUCAACGUUCAUCAUGGCUUCCUCUGUGAAGUUCACCUACUUGUUGCUGCUGGUUUGCAGCCUGGGAAAGAAUCACAUGAUGUCUGGAGGAUGUUUGGGCAAAUGCUGUGGUGGCGGCAGAGACAUGAGCUGCACGUCCACGGACUGGAGGAUGGACCGGGUCUAUGGGACGUGUUACUGCGACCAGGGUUGCACCGCCACACAGGACUGCUGCUUUGACUACUUCACGCUGUGUCCAGCACAAGCCUGCUUGGUGAGCGCUUGGAGUUUCUGGAGUGGUUGUGCUGAGCCGUGCCGGCCUUCCUUACGGCUCAGAAUCCGUCAAGUGGAGGAGCGGCCCAGCAACAACGGAGAGUCCUGUCCCAGCCUGCAAGAAAGAGCCGGCUGCAUGGACUACAGAGACCACCAGGGACACCCAUGUGGACUCAACUCAGGUCCGGCAUUCAUUACCAGCAUGGAGUUUGGCAAAGGAAGACCCAAGCAGGACAGGAACGGAAGUCCUCUUGAUCCAGGUUUCUGUGUGGAAUUCUCCUUGGAGUCCCGCUCACCUCACUGCACGGUGGAAAACAGGCCACACACACACUGGAUGCGCUACUUCACUGAGGGCUUUACCGUGUGUGUGGCGUGCCGCCCGCCCGCCAUGAGCAACAGCAGCGGCGGUUGCCAAGGAGAUGGCCAGGAUGUGGACAGCGAGGCGCUGCUGCGCUGGCAGGCGGUGGGCAACCCUCGAUGCGGUGGAACAUGGCGGAAAAUCCAGAGGCGGCAGCAGUGCGACUGUCCACCACAGCACAGUUUCAUCUUCAUCUAAUGACACACGCAUGUCACUUCUUCUUAUCGACUUACUGGGUGCGGCUCAGAAUAUAUUCAGGGAUGGGUCACUUUAUUAGGUACACCUGCUGUGCAGCUGUUCAUAAUUAAGCUAAGCAUUAUCUUCAUGUACACAGCUCCUAAAAAUGCUUCUUUUGUAUUUUAUUCAUUUAAAAUGUAUUUUUUCCAUUUAUUUUCUGUAUUUCAACAUGAAAACAAACCAUGUCUUUCUUUACAAAUGACGCCUUCUAGUGGCAAGUGCACCUACUACAGCAAUAAAAUAUACUGUAAUGGGUGCACUUAUUAAACCAUACUUGCCAACCUUGAGCCCU